UCUGUGCAGCUGAUGCCCGAUGUGGGCUAGGGCUGUUUUGUUUUUUUUCCUUGAAUAUUUGAUUAAAUUUUAAUAUUUCUAUAAAAAUGGAUGUAGUAGGGCUACUUAAUAAUAUAAAUAAGAAAUCAGAUAUGUUUGCUGUAAAAACUUGGACGUCGGAGUGGUCAAAUAGUUUUCAAGAAAAUCAACUGCUCUGGUCGUUCUGUGGAUGUCUUUUAGUCUCACUAUUAGUUGUAUUCAUCUAUUAUUAUAGAAGAUGGAGAGCGAAAGAACUAUCCGAGGGCACAGGUGCCACGGCAGCUGGGGAACCAGCGAAAAGGUUUCGGAAACGAGACAAAAUGCUCUUUUACGGACGGCGUAUGUUGAGAAAGGUCAAGUCCAUCUCCAACUCAGGCCAGGGCCGGAAGAGGCGAGCUGUUAUGAGGUUCGCGAGGAAGUUACUGCAGCUGAAGAAGGAAAGCGCUCCGGAACAGUUGAAGGUCCUUGAACCACCAGCAGAAUACUUGGAAGAGGAUCUGACGAGCGACGAUCGGGUCCCACCAGACGCCUUGUACAUGCUUCACAGCAUCCGAGUUUUUGGUCAUUUUGAGAAGCCCGUGUUCUUAAUGCUGUGCAAACACACGGAGAUAUUGAAUCUGCCAGCCGGCUCGUUUUUGUUCAAAGUCGGUGAUACAGACGAAAACGUGUAUGUUGUACAAAAUGGGCGCGUGAAUGUAUAUAUAUCAAACCAGGAUGGGAGCAGUCUAUCAUUAAAAAUAGUACGAGCCGGUGAAAGUGUUACUUCGCUUUUGAGUUUCACUGAUGUGUUGACGGGUAAUUCGCAACCGUACAAAACCGUAAACGCCAAAGCACUGGAAGACUCUCAAGUGAUAAAAUUGCCCAUGCGCGCUUUCCAAGAGGUUUUCAAAGAGUAUCCAGAUAUAUUCGUCAGGGUUAUACAGAUAAUUAUGGUGCGACUGCAACGUGUGACCUUUACAGCUCUUCAUCAAUACCUCGGUCUUAGUGCGGAGUUGGUUAAUCCUGGUCGCGAAAAGCGUCGUCCAAAUACCACUACCGCGUCUCCAAUGAAGACGGUAAAGCCAGUGGACUGUAGUACAGCGACGCAUUCUCCCAGCCACAGCGAAAGACUCGUUACUGAACAUACACAAGAAGGCAGCAUGGCGACGUCAUCUCCCAUACACAUCCAGGGCCGAAGACCCAGGUCCGAUAUGCCUGAUGUCACCUCUAAUAUACCACAGCAAUCACAGCCAGAUGUCCAGCCCACGUCAUCAUUCCAAAGACCUAAAGAGGGAUCGUCGUUUAAGAAGCAUAACACUGAUAAUCUUGACGAACAGGCACUAAUACAAAUAGCAACUGAGGCCUUCAUAAAGGAGCUGGGCUUGGAGAACGAUCAGUUACUGACCGGGUGCGUACAAGUGAGGGAUCUUCCCGCUGGGACGUAUAUAAUGAAGGAGGAGAGUCAUAAGGAUGUUGCGUUAGUUUACCUACUGUCUGGUGCGUUAUUGGUAUCACAAAGGGUUGCUGAAGGAGAGGGAGAAGUCCAUAUGUUUACGGCAUAUCCAGGUGAAGUGGAGGGCGGUUUAGCCGUGCUGACGGGCGAGCCAAGUUUCUUUUCCAUCCGCGCGAAACAUUUUUCUCGUAUUGGGCUGUUGUCCAAAACCUCAGUGUAUAGCAUUAUGCGCGAGCGACCUUCCGUUGUUCUGCAUAUUGCCAAUACUGUUGUGAAGAGGCUCUCGCCGUUUGUACGACAGGUCGACUUCGCUUUGGAUUGGGUAUUUUUAGAGUCCGGCCGCGCAGUGUAUAGGCAAGAUGAAGAAUCCGGUUCGACGUUUAUAGUUUUGAGUGGUCGUCUCCGGUCUGUCAUCACCCAUCCGAAUGGAAAGAAAGAACUGGUUGGAGAAUACGGAAAAGGCGAUUUGGUUGGAAUCGUGGAAAUGGUAACGCAAACACGUCGUAGUACAACAGUUAUGGCGGUGAGAGAUUCCGAAUUGGCGAAGUUGCCGGAAGGGCUUUUUAAUGCGAUCAAGCUCCGGUUCCCGGUGGUCGUGACUAGGCUUAUUAACCUGCUUGGACAUAGGAUCUUGGGAUCUUGGCAGAAACCGACGGCGGGUCUUGGUGGCGCGGCGGCGAUCGAGUCCCGUCCCUCCCAGCACAACUUCUCAACCGUGGCCGUAGUUCCAGUUAGCGACGAUGUACCCUUAACGGCGUUCACUUACGAGCUCUACCACUCGCUUUGUGCUAUAGGUCCCACGGUUCGUUUGACCUCAGAUGUGAUAAGAAAACUCCUCGGCCUGACAAUAAUGGACCCCAAUAACGAAUAUAGGCUUAGCUCUUGGCUCGCACAACAAGAGGAUAAACAUAAGGUGGCAUUGUACCAAUGCGAUCCCAGCCUCACCCAGUGGACUCAGAGGUGCAUCCGUCAGGCCGACUGCAUUCUCAUCGUGGCCUUGGGAGACAAGCAACCGAGUAUCGGAAAGAUCGAAAAGGAAAUCGAGCGUCUAGCGAUCCGAACUCAGAAGGAGCUCGUCCUACUGCAUCGAGAGGGCGGGGCCAACCCCACGGGUACGGUCCAUUGGCUCAACAUGAGGACGUGGGUCAGUCAGCAUCAUCACGUCCGGUGCCCUCACAGGAUGUUCACGCGCAAGAGCCAGUAUAGAAUUAGUGAACUGUACAGCAAAGUGCUGAUGUCGGAAGCGAGCGUCCACUCCGACUUCAGCCGUCUGGCUCGUUGGCUCACGGGCACCUCCGUGGGACUGGUGCUGGGUGGGGGCGGAGCCCGAGGAGCCGCCCACGUCGGGAUGGUGAGGGCCAUACAGGAAGCCGGUAUCCCGAUAGACAUGGUGGGCGGAGUCAGUAUUGGUGCGUUCAUGGGCGCCCUCUGGUGCAUGGAGAGGAAUAUUACCACUGUUACGCAGAAAGCCAGGGAGUGGUCGCAGAAAAUGACCCAAUGGGGCAAACAGCUGCUCGACCUCACAUACCCUGCGACGUCAAUGUUCUCGGGGCGUCAGUUCAACACCACGAUAAAGGCCACCUUUGGCGAAGUACACAUCGAAGAUCUGUGGCUGCCCUAUUUCACAGUAACGACAGAUAUCAGUUCCAGUUGUAUGAGAGUGCACAGACACGGUUCUCUCUGGCGUUACAUUCGCGCUUCGAUGUCCCUCAGCGGCUACAUGCCCCCUCUCUGCGAUCCCGUAGACGGCCACCUCCUUUUGGACGGCGGCUAUGUCAACAACCUCCCAGGUAUUCUAUGGAGGUACUGCCGAGCAUCCAUGAGUAUCGCUGGCAUCUUCCCACCGAUUUGCGAUACCAUGGACGGACACCUGCUAUUAGAUGGAUGCUAUGUUAAUAAUGUACCAGCCGAUGUGAUGCGAUCGUUUGGGGCUAAGCACAUAUUGGCCAUCGAUGUAGGCUCCCAGGACGAUACUGACCUGACCAAUUAUGGAGAUGACUUGUCUGGCUGGUGGCUGCUGUGGAAAAGGUGGAAUCCCUUCACUAGUCCCGUGAAAGUGCCAAACCUUCCAGACAUACAAAGCAGAUUGGCUUACGUCUCGUGCAAUCGUCAAUUGGAAGAAGUGAAAAAGUCUGAUUACUGCGAGUACAUCCGCCCUCCGAUAGACCAAUACAAGACGUUGCAGUUCGGGUCUUUCGACGAGAUCCGCGAAGUCGGCUAUCGACACGGGACCGCGUACUUCGAGGGGCAGAGGAGGGGCGGAGGGGGAGGAGUCAGCGGAGCAGCGGCCGAACGACGCAAGCAUUUAGCCCAGCCCUCGCUUACUGACUACACGUUCACGGACCUUGCUCAAAUGGUCUGCUCGGUGAGAACGGCCCGCGACGGCGACAACGAUUCCUCUUCAUCGUCAGACUAUGAAGAGGAUCAGAGGCACUUUGAGGGUUACGCUUCGGAGCCCAGCGGUGGGAUAUUAGAGAUGUCGUCAAGCGUCGAAGGGGCGGCUUGGAUCAGCGACACGGAACUGGAAGGCCUACGAACGCGACGUGUGGGAGGCUCGUUGUCGUUGUCUGAGGACGAAAUUGAUUCCGAGGCCGAAAUGUAUGAUCCUUUGAAUAAAAGGGGCGGGGCCAGGUGAGACCCGACUAUGCACGAUCUGUGCAAGGCCCUUUUUAAGUACGUGAGCGAGAGGGAGGCAUGCGAGUGAAAGGGAUGGAUAUGUUGUGUCGGUGCAGCUUUGAACAAUUUUCUAGUGAUGAAUAGGUGAUAUUCAUAUCGUAGAUAGAUUUCACUGUUUUAACAUGGAUUUAUAAAAAAAUGUGAUUCUUAUAAUUGCCGUUUCCUUAAUACUAAAGGUAAUAAAUUCGGAAAACUGUAUAUAGAAUAAAUGUAAUAAAUAUUUACUUCCGUCAUAAUAUUUCUAUAGUUUCAAAUUGUAAAGGAAAUUGUAGGCUUUUUUAGAAAGCGUUCGCAAUGUAAUGAGGCAGUUAAUAUUAUGUAUUUAUUCAUAUAAAACAAAAUUAAAUUGUACUUAUAAUAAUUAAUUCCAAAGUGUACUGUGAUUUAAACGCUGUAAUUUUGCUUUUCAUUAUAAUUACGUAAAUGUACGUACGAGUACGUAAUUGGUACGAAUAACACUUUGAUGGCCGGACAAAUUAAAUGUUUGACUUUUUAAUACCUAUAGUAUUAAAAAGUCAAACAUUGAUCGAAGAUUACUGCGUCACCAUGGUUACCGUUUUUAACUAAACGUUAAUAAGUCCGAAGUUACGGCAAGUAAACGCAAAUUGGAAUCUAUUCGUAGCAAUUACGAUUUGUAAUAUAGAGACCCCGUAUGCUCAUUAAAAUAUAAUAAAAUAUUUGUGGGUGUAUAUAUUACAACUUUAUAGAAAGUCUAAGGGUACCCUCAAAAGUAAUGUUUUGUCCCGUUUCUUUACUUGCAAAUGAUAAAGACAAGACUAAUUCAUCGAUAACAAUAAAACUUGUUUUUUUAGCUAUUUUGUAUAUUGGAAUAGCCAAUGUUUAUUUUGAUGAUUUUUCCGUACUACGUUCCUAUUUUCCAUAGAUAUUGUAUGGAUUUUAAAUACAUAUAUGUUUCAAAAUAAUGAAAAUUGCAACACAAAAGGGUUGAAGAAAUAUAUUUUCAGUUUGAAAAUAUAUUUUUCUUCAUAUUUUCUCAGGUAAUGUUGACAAUUUUGAGUACUACCCUCAGUUUUGUUGUUUAUAAUAAAAUUACACGUAUUGUGCCCUAAAGAAUGCAGUCACAGUAUAACGAGCUAGAAUAUUCUAGACAUUGCUAGAAAAUUCAUAACUAUAUACUACUAGCUACUGUAUGAGUAUAUAUAUUUUAAAUUGUUUUGAAUUAUUUAUUGAAUGCUGUAAAACUCAAAAGUGUUAUGUAAAUAACGAAAUAAUUAUGUUAAAAGUUUAACAAAAAUCAAAAUUUUGUUUGGAAAAUGGCACGUACUUUGCAAGAUCUAAAAUUACGCACAUAUUAAGAGCGGGUUUAAGUGAACACGCUAACCAUUGUUUUAUAUGUGAAAUACAUAGUUACUAUGUAACACGGUUCCAACUUUCACGUUUUAAAACCGCCUCAAGUCCUGUAAAUAACUUAGUAUUGAAAUAACUAUAAAAUCUCUUCCUUAAACAGUAAUCUAGGCAUAUAUUCCGAAUCUAUCUACAAAUUUGAUGGAGUAAACGACUUAUCGUAAGAGUUUUCUAAUAGCGAGCGAUUUAUUAAGUCGUGUUCUGCCGCGGUAGGACAGUAAGAAAUCCUUCUCUGAUAUUUUAGAUGUCGAUCCCGCUCUUAGUAAAAAAGUACAAAAAAACAUGUGUAUGUACUUAUGUACACGCGUUAGAAGUUAUACUUCUGUCCUGUCUACUGUACGCCAAAGAACAAGAUAAAAAUCUUUUUAAUUUUUUUAUCUUUUGCCUUAUUCUACGUUUGUAGAAAAAACGACACUAACAAUAGACGAAAGAUAUUUAAUACAUUGAAAGUUUUAUUAUAGCGCGUUAUUAAAAAAAAAUAUUUUAAAAUAUAGUCAAUAUUGCUAACUGCAGGGUGUCGGUUUUUUGUGACGAUGUGCGCGUGCAUCGUCUUUCUCAUAAUUUUUCCCUAACGCUCCAAAAGAAGUAUAACUUCAAAAAUGCUUCUAUAAAACCAAUCGUAAGCUACAAAAUCAACUUUUACACAUUCAUCCAAGGUAGAUAAAAAAAAAUUAAAUUAAAUAAACUUGUACGUAGUUUGUUUGAAUAUAAUAUUCUCUAGCCUAGCCAUUAGCGGAAUACGGAGUAGAUAACUUUUGCCAAAAAGGCAUUUUACCAAAUUUUGUGCUGCAACAAGGGUCGCCUUGAAUCCAUUAUUUUAGCUCACAUAUGAAAAUGCGCCCGGUAAAGAUCAUUAUAAAUUGAUCCAUCGGUGUAAUUACCGUUUCAUCUGAGUCUUUUAAUUACAGCGUUGAAACUAUUUGAGAGAAAGAGACGAAAGAGUGCAAUUAGAAUGAUUCGUUUUUAGGUUUAGUCUUUAAAAUAAUUAGUGUUUGACUGAUUUUAGAUAUAAGGCCACUAAAGGCAAAAAAGGCAACCAAAUGUAACGCAGUGUGAUUUUAUUGUACUCUACCCAAUAAACGCUUCAAAAGUUA